AUGGACAACGAAAGUGCUCAUAGCCAGACCGAAAUGGACAAGAUGCCAGAGGAACCUACUGUGGAUUUAGCUAACCAUGUCGAGACAGUAUUGAAGCAGCUUCAGUCAAAGUUUGAAAACAUGUCCAAGAAUAUCCUUACAAAGAUGGACACUAUGGGUUCUCGUCUAGACGAGCUUGAACGGUCUCUAGGUGGAUUAGUGCAGGAGGAACUUUCUCAACCACAAACUAUGACUCCACCUCAGCCCACCACAGUUACUAUAGACAAUAAUGAUAAAAAUUAA